UUGAAGUUUUAUGGUGGUUCCCAGAACCCGCCAAAACGUGAGUUUUAUGGUGAUUCAUAACACUUUCAAGGGGAAGGAUCAGGAACAGCUGGAAAUUGGUAAAAGUUCAUAAAUAUCACUGAGCCCGAGAGGCUCAGUUAACAACUGUAUGAAUGUGAGUUGCAAGAAAUGGUGACCAGAGAUAUGUCAUGACUUGCGUGGAUUUCAAAAACCAGAAGCUCAAUUGGGAAUGGACCCUGCUGAAUGCACCUCCAAAGAUACAUGGCAACCCCAGCAUAAUUUAAAUGACCAGUCACAUUUCCCUGAGAGGCAUUUGCAUUUAAAAGAAGGACUAGCACAGUAAGAGAAGCUGUGAGGGGAUUCUCAGAGCAGUGCGUGGGGCAUGGGCAAGCAAGAGGGGAAGAGCCUGUAUUAGGGAGCUGACAGUGUCUGAUAAUCCAUCUCCUUCCUGCCAGAGUUCCAAGAAGGUGCCCCAGUACUAAACAGGGGAGGACAGGAGACUGUCCAAGGAGACAUACUAUCAGGCUGGAAAAUUCAUUAAGUAUUUACGUGAGAAUUCAGGUUCCCUAGGCCUCAGGGUACGAUCACAUGGCUCGGAGCACAAGUAGAGCGGGCAUGUCAGAACCGAGCCCUGGGGCACUGGCUUCUCUGCCACAGGUAAGGAGACCUGGCACAGGGACGUGGUUGGGGAAGGGUUGCAGGGACGGGUGGAAGGAAGGCAGAGGAGAGUGGAGAUGCCAGAGGGUGAGACCACUGGGGUGGGCAGGAGAGAAGAGUGUUCCACUUGCUGAGGGCUUAACUUUUCAAAGAAGGGGAAACACACUCCAGGGAAAGUGGGACAUGGGAAGACAGUCACUCAUCUGUGGGAGGAUGUGACCUCUGGGUGCAGGAAACCCAGGGUCAGCCUCCCCAGGCCUCCCGGCAACGUCAGCAUGGAGUGAGCAGAAAAAGGCUGUGGGUGGACCUUGAGGGCAUGAAGCUGUGUCUUCCUCCAGGGAGGCUUACAGGGCCAGCUGGGAGGUGGGGUGGGAGUGAGGUGUCUAUGGGAGCCUGAAGGGGGCAGGGUCACCUGCCAGAACCUGGGUUCUGUGUGGCUCUCUUGGGCUGCAGAGGGCAUAGGUUUUGUUCAGCAGGCCUUCUGUACAGGAGCUGGGGCCGGUUUGAGAUACAAGGUGGCUGUAAGGAGGGCUGACACAUAUCCUGCGUGCCUCCAACUGUCUCCAGUCCACGGUCUUCAGGAAUUAGGAAUGGGCAGGAGAAGAAGCAAUGUCUGCCAGUACCUAGUUGUCAACACUGGCCACCUCCUCUCCUUCCCCCGUCCCAUGUCAGCGCAUCUCCAUGCUUCUGCAGCUGCUGCAGGGACGUCUGCCACGUGGGCCCUGGCAAUCCUCCUGCUCCUGGUUCCAAGCACUGGGCAAGCUGCUACUCUGGAGAAACCCAUAUUGUCUCUACACCCACCCUGGACUACAAUCUUCAAGGGGGAGCGGGUCACCUUGCAGUGUGAUGGGUACCACCCCCUGCUCCUGGAGGUGCGGCCCAUCAGCACCCUCUGGUAUUUGGGCCACCUACUACUGCCCUCUCACAAGAAGAGCAUCGAGGUGCAGACACCAGGGGUGUAUCGAUGCCAGACACGGGGAGCACCUGUCAGCGACCCCAUCCACCUCUCUGUAUCCAAUGACUGGCUGAUCCUGCAAGUGCCCUAUGCUGCGGUGUUCGAAGGCGAGCCACUGGUCAUGCGCUGCCGCGGGUGGUACGACAAGGUCGUCUACAAGCUUCACUACUACCACGAUGGUCAGGCGGUGCGCUACUUCCACUCCAGCGCCAACUACACGGUGCCGCAGGCGCGCGCCAGCGAUAGCGGGCGCUACCAGUGCUCGGGUACCAUGCGCAUCCCGGUGGAGAGCGCGCCCAUGUUCUCCGCCAAGGUGGCCGUGACCGUGCAAGGUAGGGAACACCUGGGGCCCCGGAGGGAAGCAAGCCAGUGCUGGGAGAUUCUGGGACAGGAACCCAUUGGGCAAGGAGAGGUUGAGGUUCAAGUGCCUGGCACGUGGCAGAUCUGUCAGCUAGCCCACGUCCGCUUUCUCCUCUCCUCCUCCGCAGUGAAGGCACACUUCAUCUGUAGCCCGCGUGGCGGCGGGUGUUUCCAGCCGCGCUGUGUCGCGUUCGCAGGUUCUGCCCUGGGCUUGGCGUCCACCACCGCCCCGACCCCGCAGGCCGCAGCCUUGGCGCCGGAUAACAAGCCGCUUUCCUUCAGGAAGCCCUCGGUGUCCAUAUCGGUCCCGUCGGUCACCUCCGUCCCGAAUACCACCUCGGCGGGGCCGCAGUUGCUCGCGGGCAGAGCCUCGACGGCUGGGCCUCCGGCCUGCGCCCCGCCGACGCCCUUGGAUCGAUCCGCGGGAGCGCUGAAACCCGACGUGGGCCUUCUGCUCCGAGAAAUGCAUCUGCUCCAACGCCUCCUGAGCCAAGUGGCCCUGGAAUUAAAGGGGCCUCAGGCCUUCCCAGAGCACAGGGGAACACUCGAGACCCCCACUUCCCGCUUUGCUGUGCGCCCCGGAACCCCAAGGACAGCUACUGUGGAAAGCUGAAGGGGAGGGAGGCGUCUGCUGUCCCCACGGUCGCCUCUCCGGGCUCAUUCAUCACUGGUCUCUCCUGCUUCCCAUCACGUGGACACCUUUCAAAACCAUGUCUGUGUCCCUGUGUUUUGCUGUGGUUUUUAAAGAAGCAGCAUAAAGUGUGGGGGCCCAUGAUUUCAAUCUCACAGCAUGUUUGAGCAGUUUGUAAUCACAGGGCCUUCCCUCUGAUCUCUUCCUUGGCCUCACAGAAUUCGGGAAGGAAGUAGAAAUGUGUUAUCUAUUACUCUGCGGUUUGUGUUUGGAAGUAAAUAUAGUCAUCCUUGGCUUUUCAUGUAAACCCACCCACUGCAUAUUUCAGCAAUUUUUUGGUACCUAAGGUCAUUGAGGUAACUCAGCCCUUUGGGACAUUAUAGUAGGUCAACUUGCAAUUAUUCAUAAUGAAUUUAAUGUUGAU